CAGUGUGAAAAUGAAUCUUUGGGUUAUGAAAAACUAUCAUCAAUGCUAAAACAAAUGGAAUCGAAUGGCAUAACCACAGAAACAGAACGUAUUAGUGAUUUAUUAAAGGGCAACAUGCAACGCAGUAAAAUUAUUGUUGAUGGCGUUAGUGAUGCUCAAAAUCAAAUAAUGAAAAUUUUCGAACAUAAAUCUCAUGUCUCGGAUAUUAUAAAUAGAUGUGCAUCAAAACGUAAUUAUAAAAAACGAGAAAAAGUUUAGACGUGUAUUAACAAUUCCAAAACUUUCUCUCAAAGCUUGCUCAAAAUUACUUUAAAUUUUUUCUUAAAAUAAUCUUGUAAAAAGUUUUCUAUUUUAUUUUCUGUUUUUAUAUUUAUAUUAAGGUUAAAUUCAUAUAUACAUUAAUAUAUAUAUAGAGAGAGU